GGAGCCCGCCAUCUUGGGCUCCUUUUAGAGAAUCAGCUUUUCUGCUUCUGAGCCUAAGAGGUCGCUGGGCUCUACGUUGCUCUUGUGACCUGCAUGGCGGGCCCUGGAUACCUCGGAAGCCAGGAGAUGGACCUGAUGACAUUUGGAGAUGUGACCAUUGAUUUCUCUCCAGAUGAAUGGGGAUACCUGAACUCUGCUCAGCGGAAAUUAUAUAGGGAUGUGAUGCUAGAGAAUUACAGAAACCUGCUCUCUGUGGGUCUUGCAGGCUCGAAGCCACACCUGAUUGCCUUUCUGGAGCAAAGGAAGGAGCCUUGGAGUGUGAAGAAAAAAGGAACAGUAACUGUAAGUCCAGCUAUGUCUUCUCAUUAUACCCAAGACUUUUCAUCAGUGCAGAACAAAAGACAUUCAUCCCCAAAAGUGAUAAGUGGAAGACACAGAAGUUGUAGCACUGACGACUCACAUUUAAGGGAAGAAUGGGAAAAUGUGAGUAAGAGUGAUGGUCAAAAAGCUCGUUACAGCAGAUGUAGCCAGUGUGUGACAACCAACAGUGGUGAAACUGUCUCUGCCAACAGAGAUCAAGAACAGAAAACAUCUCAGAAAAAAACUCAGGUUAUGGCAGUUACUUUUGAAGAGCCAUAUGUUUCAAUAAGCAAAUACCCACAUCAGCUCUUGAAACAGGGUCCUCUGAAAGGAAAUUUGGAAAGUCUAAAAAGAGGCCUAGUUCAUGAUGCCAUUAAUAACUUGAACAACUUAAAAUGCAGCACCAAAUUGAACUUAUAUUCAGAAAUUUCUGUAGAUAGAUUUAAAAAUGAACACAUUUCUAAAUGUGAUCAAUUUGAGAGUUCAUUUACAAAAAGUUCAUUAUUUUGCAGUCAACAAACAGUUCCUCCUUGUGCUAAAAUAGACAAUUUUAAUGAAUGUGGGAAGGACUUUUCUUAUCUAUCAUUGUUAAAUCAAAAUACAGAGACAGAUAUUUGGAAAGUGGAGUGCAUAAAUGAAAGUACACAGACUGUUAACAAGAGCUGUACCAUAAAUAAUAAACAGGAUAUUCAUAUUGGAGGGAAAACUUACGAAUACAUUGAAACGCAUAAAAACUUUAACCAUAUUUCAAAUCCUGGUAAACAUCAGCAUACUCCGUUGCCAGAGAACAUUUGCGAAGAUAAUAGAUGUAGGAAAGUCUUUUGUCAGGGCUUAAAGAGUAUUCAUCAGAGUUCCCAAGUCCAAGACAAAUAUAAAUAUAAAGAAUGUGACCAGACUUUUAGUCAAAGCUCAAACCUUACUCAACACCAGAAAGUUCAUGGAGGAGAGAAACCGUACAAAUGUAAAGAAUGUGGCAAAGCCUUUAACAGUUGUUCAUAUCUUAAUGUACACCAGAGAAUUCAUACAGGAGAGAAACCUUAUGAAUGUAAAGAAUGCGGCAAAGCCUUUAUUGAUUAUUCAACAUUUACUUACCACCAGAGAAUUCAUACAGGAGAGAAACCUUAUGAAUGUAAAGAGUGUGGCAAAACUUUUAACAAACGUUCAAACCUCAGACAACAUCAGAGGAUUCAUACUGGAGAGAAACCUUACAAAUGUCAAGAUUGUGGCCAAGCUUUUAACCAAAGUGCUCAUCUCAUUAGACACCAGAGAGUUUAUGUUGGAGAAUGUGGCAAAUCCUUUGUCAAGUGUUCUCUUAGGCAGUAUUAUGUCAUUCAUACUGGGGGGAAGCCCUACAAAUGUAAAGAAUGUGGUAAAACCUUUGUUCAUAUUUCAAAUCUUACCCAACACCAAAAUAUUCAUACCGGAGAGAAACCAUACAAAUGUAAAGACUGUGGCAAAGCCUUUAACAGUAGUUUAAGCCUGAAACGACAUCAUGUAAUUCAUACUGGAGAGAAACCCUACAAAUGUAAAGCGUGUGACAAAGCCUUUACUCAGAUUUCAAAACUUACUGAGCACCAGAGAGUUCAUACUGGAGAAAAACCCUAUAAGUGUAAUGAAUGUGGUAAAGCUUUUCACAAAUGGCCAGCAUUUAUGUAUCACCAUAGAACGCAUACUGGAGAGAAACCCUAUGAAUGUAAGGAAUGUGGCAAAGCUUUUGCCAAAGGUUCAGAUCUCAGAAGACAUCAUAGAGUUCAUACUGGAGAGAAACCCUACACAUGUAAAGAAUGCAGCAAAGCCUUUACCACGAAUUCAAGUCUUAGAGAGCAUCACAGAGUUCAUACAGGAGAGAAACCCUACAAAUGUAAACAGUGUAGCAAAGCCUUUAGCCGUUGUUCACACCUCACAGUACAUCAGAGAGUUCAUACUGGAGAGAAACCCUACAAAUGUAAAGAAUGUGGCAAAGACUUUUCCAGGUGUUCAAGCCUUAGACAUCAUCACAGAAUUCAUAUUGGGGAGAAGCUCUCAAUGUAGAGAAUAUGGCCAAACUCAUGUGUGUGUGUGUGUGUGUGUGUGUGUGUGUG